UGGGAACUCGGCUUAAGUACGUCCAUGCAUUUGCCAUUUACAUUGACAGGUUAGAAUUAAAAGCGGUGCAGAUAAACGGUUCUCAUCCAGCCAUUCAGCCGCAAGACGUCGCGGAUCACGGUCCGAAUAAAAACAAUAAAUACAUACAAUAAAUAAAACUUAAAUAAAAUUUAUAAUUAAAAUAAAAUUAAGUGUAAAGUAAGUGUGUUUACAGUGUGUGUUAUUGUGUUCAUCGUUUCGGUGGUUUUUAUUUGCGGGUCAAAAUGGCGCCAUCUAUUGGCGUCGCGGAGUUCUAUGCGGGGAAAACAAUUUUCAUCACCGGUGCCACAGGCUUCAUGGGGAAAGUUCUCAUAGAAAAACUGCUGAGAUGCUGCCCGGAUUUAAAUAAGAUUUACCUAUUGAUGCGACCGAAAAGAGGUCAAAGUACAAAAGAGAGACUAGAUGACUUUAUGCAUUGUCGGGUAUUUGAUCAUCUACAAGAGCAAUCUCCUAAGUCCUUCGACAAACUCCAUGUUAUCAAAGGUGACGUGCUACAAGAAGAACUGGGGAUAUCUAACCAGGAUUGGGAUAUGCUGCAGAGGGAAACUCAGAUUGUUUUCCAUUGUGCUGCGUGUGUCAGGUUCGACAUGUUCAUCCGCGAUGCAGUUGAUAUGAACACGGUUGGAACAAUGAAAGUACUCAAAUUAGCAGAGGGAAUGAAAAAACUGGAGGUAUUUCUCCACGUGUCAACGUCUUACUGCCGCUGCGAAGUCAAGGUUUUAGAAGAGAGGCUAUACCCUGCGGUGCACAGACCUCAAAACAUUAUGCAGUGUGUCAAAUGGAUGGAUGACGACCUCCUCAGCUAUUUGCAACCAAAGUUGAUCGAACCCCAACCGAAUACAUACGCUUACACCAAAUCACUCACAGAGGAUCUAGUGUCACAGCACGCAGGGAAAUUCCCCAUUGCAAUUGCGAGACCCUCGAUUGUGACUGCUGCAUACAAAGAACCUAUGCCAGGCUGGGUGGACAACAUGAACGGACCCACAGGGCUACUCGUUGGUGCUGGAAAAGGCGUAAUAAGAACUAUGCAUUGCAACGAGGACUAUCUAGCUGACGUGAUUCCCGUGGACAUGGCGGUGAACGCUUGUAUUCUCUUAGCUCACAUCACAGCUCUGGAGAAACCAAAAGAAGUCAGAAUUUGCAACAUUACGCAGUCCGGCCAGAACCCUAUAACGUGGGGGCAAGCACUCGAUAUGGGUCGAGUCCACGUUCAGGAGUUCCCAUUUUCAGUGUGCCUGUGGUAUCCAGGAGGCUCCCCAAAAAGUUCAAGAGUUCAACACUUGCUGUCCGUCUUCUUCAUGCACUUACUUCCCGCAUAUUUUGUCGAUCUUCUUUUAUUCUUAACGGGCCAGAAGACUUUCAUGAUCAAAAUACAAAAGCGAGUGAACUACGGCUUAGAAGUACUUCAAUACUACACAACAAAAGAGUGGUUCUUCGAGAACGAUUACUAUAGAUCGUUAAGAAAUCUUAUAUCCAAAGCAGAUGAUGAGAUAUUUUAUACGAAUAUUGAGGUGAUUCACUGGAGUUCCUAUAUCAGAAACUAUAUGAAAGGUGCCCGUGAGUAUUGCUGUAAGGAGGACCCUGCAACUCUACCACAAGCAAGGCGGUUACAUAAACAAUUGUACUACUUGGACAAAGCCGUACAAUUAACGAUCUACGCGCUAAUCGCCUACUUCAUAUAUUACUAUAUUAUUAGGUUUUUCAAAGCUGCACUAAUAAGCAAAAUGGCACCGACGGUCGAGGAAUUUUAUGAAGGAAAAAAUAUAUUUAUAACAGGAGCUACUGGUUUUGUGGGAAAGGCAUUAGUAGAAAAAUUUCUAAAAUCAUGUCCCGGUAUUCAAACUAUAUAUCUCCUGAUGAGGCAGAAGAAAGGUGUAUCUGGAGAAGAGCGGCUUAAAGAACUUUGUAACAAUAGGAUAUUUGAAUACCUAAGAGAGAAACAACCGGAAUGUUUCGAAAAGGUCAAAUUGAUUGCUGGCGAUAUAUUGGAAGAUGAGCUGGGAAUUUGUAAUGACGACCGUCAAGAACUGCAGAAGAAUUGUAAUAUUGUGAUCCAUAGCGCCGCGUGUGUAAGAUUUGACCAAAGCCUAAAGGAUGCUGUGCAUAUGAACACCACGGGAACUCUUCGUGUUUUAAAAUUAGCUGAGACUAUGGAGAAACUAGAGGCGUUUGUUCAUCUAUCAACAGCUUAUUGUCGAUGUGAACUAGACGAGCUGGAAGAGAAGCUAUACCCAGCCGCUCAUGACCCUGAGAGGAUCAUGGAUCUGUUGGAGUGGCUGGACGAUGAUACCCUGAAAUACAUGGAGCCAAAGAUAAUAUCAUCUGAACCCAAUACAUAUUCGUACACAAAAGCCAUAACUGAGGAUUUAGUGGCUAAAUACAACAACAAGUUUCCUAUUGCCAUAGGACGGCCAUCUAUUGUAACCGCUGCUUGGAAGGAACCAAUGCCAGGAUGGGUCGAUAAUUUAAACGGACCAACUGGACUUGUAAUAGGAAGCGGAAAAGGCGUCAUUAGAACGAUGCACUGCGAACCAUCGUAUAUGGCGGACGCCAUACCGGUCGACGUGGUUGUCAAUGGAUGCAUACUGAUAGCUUAUGUCACCGCUCUUGAUAAGCCUAAAGAUAUGCGAAUAUUCAACAUUACUCUAUCUGGAGUUCAAAAAAUCACGUGGAGGGAAGUGAUUGAGUUAGGUGAAAAAUGGGUGAACAUAUACCCAUAUACUGUGGCUCUGUGGUACCCCGGUGGUACAAUAAAAUCUUACUGGUUUACUCACCAGCUUAUGGUGAUACUUACUCACAUCCUGCCUGCUUAUUUCGUGGAUUUGCUGCUAUUUUUGUUGGGAAAAAAGACUUUCAUGGUGAAAAUUCAAAAACGCAUAAGCCACGGCCUCAACAUCCUGCAAUAUUAUACAACGAAGGAAUGGCACUUUAGGAAUACGAAUUUCCUGUCUCUCCAAAAACGUAUAAGUGAAAAAGAGAACGACGUAUUCUUUACUGAUGUAUCCAAAUUGGAUAGAGAUACAUAUUUGAGAGACUAUGUUAUUGGGACCAGAACUUAUGUGUUGAAGGAGGAUCCAUCUAGUUUGCCUAGAGCAAGAAAACUGCAUAGAAUACGCUAUGUGGUAGAUCUCAUCACGAAGUUUAUCUUGUAUUCUUUGUUCGCCUGGUUUUUAUACUCAAAAUGCGGAAUUCUAGAAAUAAUUACUUCUGUAGAUGAUUCAGUUAGAAGUUGGCUGAACAUAGAAAGCGUUAAAGCCGAUGUCAAUGAAGUGCUAUGAUGUACUAAAGUUCAGUUGUAUUAUGUAUA